AUGGAUUCAACGUCGACGCCUGUGGACCCAGGGCUGGCAGCCCAGAACAUCGCAUGGCUCUCUCUGCUCAUUAUCAUCCUGGUCCUCUCCUUGGCGACCAUCACCGUCGGGCUCCGCUUCUACACGAGGAUAGUGCUGCUCAAGCAGCUGGGGCUCGAUGAUUACUUCGUCCUUUUGACAUUGGGCUUUGCUGUAGCCGCCGGCGGCGCCGCGCUGUCAACCAUUCCUUACGGCCUUGGAAGGCGUACCGCGACACUCGACCCUUCCGUCAUUCCUUUGUAUCUUCGGUCCUUCUGGGUCUCAAUAGUGUUAUACAAUGCAACACUGAUGAUGAUCAAGCUCACCUUCUUGAUCCAGUACUACCGUGUACUCGGGGUUUACAAGAUGAAGAGGGUGAUAUGGAUGACCGGAGUAGUCAUCAUGAUGUGGGCCUUCUCGCAGCUCCUCGUCGUCAUCUUCACCUGCACUCCGGUGCAAAAGUUUUGGGAGACCGAGUUGGAAGGACAAUGCGUGCCCAAUCUACCAUUUUGGUACAUCAAUGCCGCCGGAAACAUCGCAACAGACCUUGCCAUCCUUGGUAUGCCGUUGCCCGUACUGGCGAAACUAAAGCUUCGCCGGCAGCAGAAGUAUAUCCUCCUCGGCAUCUUUUGCCUAGGAUUCUUCACCUGCGCCAUCUCGCUCAUUCGCCUCGGCUACCUCAAGCAAGGUCCCGAUUUCACGUGGGACAAUGUUCCGACAUCCGGCUGGUCCAUCAGCGAGCUGUGCUCGGGCAUUAUUUGCGCCUGUCUUCCGACUCUUCGGCCAUUAAUGUCUAAGAUCAAGCCGCAGUGGAUGGCAAGCUAUGCGUCACGGUCACGGAGGACGAAGCAGACAGGGUACGGAGACAAGAACAACUACGGCGCCAAUUCCGUAAAGAUCAAGGCGACGAGCAGCACCGGAAACUCCCGGAGUACCCGCGAGAGCAAGGACCCCAGCUUGUUUGUGAGCACCAAGGAGCUUAGCUCGACGAAUUACAGAAGGCUCGGAGACAACGACAUCGAGAUGGCCAUGCCAGCACCACCGAGCCCUUCGUUCCAGGUGGACAGAAGCAGAUUUGACGACACACGGUCUUCAACAGAUGGUGGGAGAACGUUUGGUGCAGCACUCGCGGGCGGCCCUCGGGAGGACAAGCAGGACAUACCGAUGCAAAGUCUAAACUCCCGACCAAAGCCCCAGCCUGUGCAGAGCACAGACGGCACAGAAGCGAAAAGGGAAUUCAGCAAUCGCGGCAAAGAGAACGACAAGGCCAUGGACAUAUUGGGCAUGGAUCAAUACGACAAUCAUGGUGUCACGACACACAUAAUGGCGGACAAGGAGCAGUCCUCGAUCUUCCCGCAGCACUCGCGAGCCGUCAGCAAGUCAAAGUCGGGCGCGAACCGAUCGGGUAUCGAGGUGAAGAUGGAUGUUACGGUCUCGACCACGCCGUCGCCUGUGACCAGGCCGAAAGACGUGUCAGUGAGGAGAAUCGAGUUGUAA